AUGUUCCCAGACCUCUGACGACCCGAACCGCUAGAGAGAGGCGGCCAGCUGCAAGUGCCACCUUGAAGCGACCGAAAAAGCUUCGGGCCUCACAGGUGGACCUACGAUCGUGAGACGGAAAGGGGCAGCGGGGAGAGGGAAGUUGACGCUGUAAUCAUGUCUGAGUUGCGGCAGAGACCCGUGCCGGGCAGUUCAGCCGCAUCGGCGGCGCCAGGACCAGGAUCGACAGCAGCGGUCCCGCCUCCCGCUGGUGCCCCGAAAAAGAGCAGCGGUUGCCCAAUUCAAGUCAAGAGCGGAACGUACUACUACGUCCGGAAGGCGGUCGUCAUCCUCUUCCCGGCCUACAUCCUGUGCUGCAUGUUCGGGGUCCUGGAGCCCCCUCGACCGAUGGCGGAGCACACCUGGGACGCCGCCAUGCUGGCGCUGGGCAGGGGCCCGCGUAUCUUCUCCGCCGCUGAGCUUAAGGCCAAAGGGUCAGGGUCGCGGCCGAUGCUAAGCAUCCUGGGAGAGGUGUUUGACGUGUCGAAGGGCGCCAAGCACUACGGCAAGGGGGGCGCCUACGAGAGCUUCACCGGGAAGGACGCCUCCCGCUCUUUCGUCAGCGGAAACUUCACAGAGGCCGGCUUGACCGACGAUCUAUCGGGGCUGGAGCCGUCAGAGUGUCUUGGGAUCAAGGACUGGCACGAGUUUUACCAGAGCCACGAGCUGUACAAGAAGAGGGGGCUGCUGGCGGGGCGGUUCUACGACGCCAACGGAGAACCCACCCGGGAGUUGGCGGCCUUCCACAAGUGCGCCAGGAAGGGAGCGAAGGAGAAAGAGCGCGAAGCUGCCGAGAAAUUACUGUACCCCAGCUGCAACAGCAGGUGGUCCGCGGCCGAGGGGGGUCGGGUGUGGUGUGAGGACGAGAAGAAGGUUCCGAGAAAGUUCGCCCCCGAGAACGUGCACGGCGCGGGCAUCCGGGAGCAGGGAGAGGGAAAGUCGCAGCCGGAGAGCGGCGUCGCGAAGCAAGCGGCGGAAGCGGCAGGGGGUGGGAGUGGGGUGGGCGGAGAAGCUGAGGCCAGCAGGGACGCUGCCAAGGUGUGUUGUGCGUGGGUAAAGGGUAGGUCGUCCCUGAGAAGCUUAGGGGAUGGCGGGCUCAAGCUCCUUGACGCCCCUUCUGCUGUGUGUGUUCUGCCGUAG